UAACGCUUCUUUACAACACUGACUGCAGCUGCAGAAAAUUUUUUUGUUUUUUUUCCGCACAAUUAAAUGGUUAAUAUCUAAACUAUUCCGGAAAGCGAUCCCAACGAGACAAUGAAAACCCCUGGUGCUGCAAACCCAGACCCUGAGCUGAACAAGUCCUUGCACAACAAGGUCAACAAAAAGUCCACAAAGUCGCGCUCCAAGUCCACGAAGUUGGAGGUGGGAGGAAGCAAAACCGCGACUUCUACUCUGGGAUCGGCUGUGGGCGUGGGAAGUCUACCGGCCACGCCCACCCAUGUACAUUUGGUAACGACGCCCACAACACCGACUUCUAGCCAUGCCAACUACAACAUGUUCGAUGCCUCCUUUGCGGUGGCCGGAGGCGGACACGGAGUGGCAGGAGUCUCAGCGGCUGAGGCCUCGGGCAACACCAGUCGUAUGAGUCAUCACAAAAGUUACGCAGGCUUCGACCCGCGCAGCAUAAAAAUCUUCUGGGAGCAGCACGACCAAACGGACGUGGAGUUGUCCCAGGAAGUGUGCGCCCGUCUGGCCGAGGAUGCAUCCUAUAAAGUGUGGGAGCUAAUCAAUAACUUGAAGAUAUACUCCCGCCAUUCGGGCGGAGUGGUGACCUACGAUCUAGUCAAUGAGGUGCUCAAAGAUGCCGACGUGCCGCCAAUGCUGGGCGCCAUGGACAGCGACUGGGAUCGCAUUGACUACGACGGCAGCUACUACUAUCACUCGGAUAAGAUUUUCGAGCUGCGGGACGAGUUCCAGAAGGAGAUCAGCCUCAGCCUACCCGACGACGCUGACUUUCACAGUUUCUGCCCCGUGGAGGACAAGCACACGGAUCAGCUGAAGCAGUGUGUCCAGAGUAUGGUCACAGCUGCUCUUUUUGCCGACAAGAAGACCCAGUCCUCGGCACUUGCCUUUGCUUUUCAGACGCCUCUAAUGGGCUCCAUCUACCGUGUCAUAGUCAGCAAGAUGCUCCAGCUGCUGGCGUUCAAGCAGCAAGAGCAACUGAGCCGACGCUGCUGGCGGCUGCUCCGCGCCUGUAACUACAAUUCGCAGGCAAACCCAAACGCCUGUCACCAGGAGUAUUUCCACCUGGCCGAGGUGCUCGUCAGCCAGUUGAUGGCUCCCUACGAAACCAUAAAGGCGCCUCCCGAGGCCAGCGACAACACGGUCCAAAUGGAGCUUGAGGAGCCGAUCAAAAUAAAGCCAGAACAGUUCCCAGACCCAGGGAUGGAUGUGUGCAAGCAGGAGCCUCAGGAGCAGCCGCAGGAACAGGCUGCGUUUCCCACUGAUUCGCAGCAGCAGCAGACCAUCUAUAAGAUCAAACCGGACGACGACACUAAUGAGGUUGGGGCGGAGCCUCAGAAUCUGUCCAGCUACUUCGCCAGUCCCGUUGGAAACGGCCUCGUGGACGAAUUGUGCGAAACGAUUGGCCAGCUGGCCUCCCAGAGCGGGUAUCUGCACUCCGAAUGCCUCUUCCUGAUCAAGCGACGCCUGGCCAGAUUCUUUGAGGGUCGCAACGUGUGCAGCGAGAGGGAUUUCCAGUACAUCAGCCGAGCGGGACGCGGACUCAUCGCCUUAGGGGCGUACGCAUUCCGUGAGUUUAUACCCUACAUCUACAAACUGAAUGCGGAUGAGAUACCGGACACUCUGUGGCAGGACCUGGCCCCGGCUGCAGUCUUCCUCGAGGGCAGGGACGAUAUAUACUUGUACGAAUGGCUGGAGCACGGCUGCGGGGCAUCCAAGCUUCAGCCGUUUAUGGUUCACUAUGCCCGUGCAUACGAGGAAAAUGUGACACGACGCUAUGUGCGGGCAAAGACACCAGUCUACCGGAUUGAAGCGACGCCAGGCGUACGACGGUUGGAGUGGAGCACCUUGGCAGCGGCCAUGUGCCACGGCGACGAUCCCAGCAAGGCUCUGAAGCCCAAGCCCACAUUGAGGGAGGCGUUUCCCGAACUGCAGCUGCCGAAUCUACGGCACAACUGCUGCGGCAGCAUCCGCUUCAAGUUCGCGGGAUGCCGUCCAAUGCUGCUCAAGGUCAAGGCUAUGCCACUGCCACAGGCAAUAGAUUCGCCAUCCACCAUAAACGGGGGAAGCAGUGGGAGCAACUCUGACAUACUCAUCGCCAGACGCAAGCUCUUUAAGCCGCUGACCAAUGUGAGACGAGAGGUGCCCACCAGUGGGUAUCACUACAUUAGAAUCUAAAUCAGAUGCAGAUUAGCGGAGCUAAUUAGCGAUAGAUUAGCGAAUCUAUCUGUAUCUCAGUAUUCUGUGUUCUGGGGAUCUCAAUCACCUGCAGUGCAGUUCCCGUACCUUCUGCAGAAACUUUCGAAAAUUAAAUUGUAAAGAUAAUUUUAGUUUUUAAUUUUCUAUCAUUUGUCGAAAAAAACACAAACAAGAAAAGUGCAACAAUGAAGACAAAUUCAAUCUAGUUAAGGCAUUCGAAUAAUUUAAUUCAUUUAUAGGAAGAUAAAAAUAAUGUUAAUUGCAUUUCUGUCCGGCGUAAUCGGAUUUAUCCAAUUGUUCGGUGUGCAUUGUCGUCCUUCCGUACCACAGCGCCGACAAAUAAGACAUUUCCGCUUGCAUUAAUAAAAAAUUUUCAAUUUUAACAGAUUGAUGGAAACAGCAAUAAACGGAAAAGUACUUGCUGUCCCCCUUGACUGUAUACGAACGAUAUAUCAAGUAAAAUAUCGAUAUAUUCUAUUCGACAGGAAUAACUCUAUAUUGACAUUUUAUGGAUAUUUUCUCCCAUCCCUAGUCGAAAAUUCAGAGAAAAAUUAUUGUUUGAAAUUUUGGGAAAAAUUCUCACUCUAAAAAUGUCUGAGAACGACGCUGCGAAAGGGGACUCUGAGCAGAAGAGA